AUGGACGGGGGCGGGCCGAGCCGCCAUCGCACCCUUGCCCGCCGCGCCCCCUCAGCGGGCGGUGAGCGCGGGGAUCGUGGCCGUGGGUGUCCCGGCCGUGCUGUCCCCGCCGCGGGUGUCCCCUCGUCGCUCGGCAGUGACGGCUCGGGCGCAGGUGCUUCUAAGAAGAUGUCCAGUACAGAUCCCAUCACAAAUACAGAGAAGGAGACCAUUAUGGGCCCUCAUGGAAUUAAUCGAGCUGUUCACCGCCUCUCCUUCUCUGAUUGCCAGAAUGGAUUAGGAGUUAAAAUUAUUGGAGGUUAUCGGGCACAAACAGCAGAAGAUUAUGGGAUUUUCAUAAAGAGAAUUCUACCUGGAGGAGUUGCUGCUGUAGAUAGCCGUUUGCUCACUGGGGACCUAAUUUUAGAUGUCAAUGGAGAAAACUUGGUUGGAGUAACAAAUGAAAGAGCUGUUGACAUCUUGAGAACAGCCUCAGCCUCUAAUCACAUGUCUCUGCUCGUUGCUAGAGAUGAAGAAGCAAAGAAGGAAUUUCAUGACCUGAUGGAUAAGUAUGGCUCUCACAGUGACACCAGCUCUGCAGGAACUUCUCCAACACAUCACUUAGCUGCAAAAUCUAUGGACAGCCUUUCUUCUGGGUCAUCUUCAAGGUCACAGAGUCCUCAGUUGCAUCCAAAGGACAACAUCACCACCAGCAGCAGCAGAAAUAAUUCUGUCCCACCACCAUUCCCAAAGCUUCCAAAUGACAGUGCAUUUCAGAUUAUCUCUGUUUGCAAAGGAACAAACCUAGGUUUGAAUAUUGUAGGAGGAAUCAACAGAAAUGAAGGGCCUUUGGUAUAUAUUCAAGAAAUUAUCCCUGGUGGUGAUUGCCAUAAGGAUGGAAGAUUGAAACCUGGAGAUCAGCUCGUGUCCAUCAACAAAGAGUCCAUGAUUGGAGUCUCCUAUGAAGAGGCAAAAAGUAUAAUCAGCAGAACAAAAAUGAGGUUUGAAAAUUUUUGGGAAAUAGCUUUUAUUAGGCAGAAAAACAUACCCAGUCAUGCAGAGAAUCUGCAGCAUCCUUUCAGCCUCUUCACAUCUUCUGUAGCACAUGGAGAGCAACAGGCUGCAGCACUUGGUCCUCUGCCCUCUCCUAAUGGGAGGCUGGUUUCAACAUUCCCUCCAAAUGCUAUGGAAACUGGAGUCAAGAUGGGAGAGCAAUCUCCAAUUACUGCUCUAGACAGCAAUCCUGCUGAUGUGUCUGCCACGGUUAUUGCCCCCAGCCAGAAUGAUGAUUAUGAGCCCCAAGGAAAGAACUCAAGUAUUCAUCUGAAAACAGAAAAUCUGGAGAGGGCACUGAAUUAUCUUGGGAUUCAGCUCACAGAUGAACAGCAGCAAGCCCUAAGGCAGCAACUUCAUAGAGAUUCUAAAGGAACAGUGUCUUUUGGAGAUUUUGUUGAGGUUUCAAGGAGUCUGUUGUCCAUGCAAUCAAAUGCAGCUCAUGAGGGCCACAAAUCUGCAACCCUUGGGGUCAGUGAAUUUGGCAGCUUGCAGGACUCACAGUUUGUAACCUGUGAUUGCUUGGAGGAUGAUGUGGAAAAAUUUAAGAAAGAAAGAAAUGAAGCUUUAAAAGAAAUCAGCAAAUUAAAGGAAAAAUUGUCUGAAUCUGUGAACUUGCAGAAACAGUUAACAGAGCAGCUGCAAGUAGUGAAGCAAGAAGCCAAGGCAGCUGUGGAGGAGACAAGAGCCCUGAGAAGCAGGAUUCACCUGGCAGAGGCUGCCCAGAGGCAGGCCCGGGGAAUGGAGAUGGACUAUGAAGAAGUGAUUCGCCUGUUAGAGGCUGAAAUUGGAGAGCUGAAGGCUCAGCUCGCUGAGCAUUCUGGCCAAAAUAAAGAGAACAUUCAAGACUUGAAAAAGAGGGUUACAGUGCUUGACUGCCAGCUGAGGAAAUCAGAGUCAGCCAGGAAGACCUUUGAGGUGACCACUGAAAAAUUGCUGCAAUUUGUAGAGGUUGUGCAUGAAAUACUUUCAGAUAACUCUACUUCCUCAACAGUUUUAAGUGACAGGAAGUCAUUGUCCACUAAAGCGCUUCUGGCUCGGCUGGGAAGGGUCGGAGCUCCUGUCACAGCAGCUCUUGCAGCAGAAGCCAGGGACCUUGCCAAGUCUGUCCGUGCCCUUCUGGAAGUAGAUUGUCUGCCUUAUGGAUGGGAAGAAGCUUAUACAGCUGAUGGAAUCAAAUAUUUUAUCAACCACGUGACACAAACAACAUCCUGGAUCCAUCCCGUCACGAGCGCGCUGAGCUUGCUUUGCUGCGAGGAGGAGGAGGAUGGCACCAGAGCCCUGCCUGGCCCCAAGAGCUGAGGACAGCUCUGGACAGAGAGUAGCUUGUCUGCUUUUAGUCCCUUAGUUAGAAGAUGCACAGGUUUUAAUCCACCUACUUUCUAGUGUGAUGUAGUAGUACCUGGUAGCGUUCCUCCCCAUCCAGCUGGAGGAGAUGGGUUUGUUAUGUGUGCUGCAAAGGAUGCAGGUGCCACAGGAGUCCUUACCCUGCCCCACUUUGGUGUGCCAGGGAUCAGUCUCACCUUAGGGCCCAGUCCAGUCUUUCCAUGAUUUCCCCACAGACCCAUAAUUUCCCUGACCUGAAGCUGAAUUUUUCAGGUCAGCUGAAAUUUGCACAGCUUUGAGCAAUGUGAGAUUUAAGAUGGGACCGCUGGUGGUAGAUUCCAGCUGAUGGUUGACUGAGAGAUGCAAAAUGAGGUGGGGUUUUUGCUCCAAUGCCAGUGAGAAUGAUGUAGAUGACUUAACUGAAAACUCUCAUUUCUGUGGGCAAAAUCUGCAAAUAAGUGUUGCUACUAAAAAUUUAGUGAUUUAUUACAAAUGUUGGAGCCCUCAUGACUUUUUAAACAAAUAACUAAGAUUGGUUGUUGAGCUUUAGAAAAAUGUUUCUUUGAUAAGUUGUCAAGUGCAAAGGAAGUUUUCAUAGAGGACAUCAUACUCUGACAAUAUGAGGCAAUAUGAAAAUUAUUCUACUUUUGUACUCUGCUAAACUGAUACAGACACACAUCAAAUACUUCAGUGGAAGCUGUGAAGUUUCAAGUACAAUGAAACCUGUGAAACCACCUCCAGGAUCAGCAGAAAGCAGUCACCUCCACAGAAUUGGUCUCUUAAGUAGAACAAAAUCAUUUUGUACACAUUGGUGAUGUUUUAUUGAGGAUAAAGAAAAUGAUGGGGGGUGCUAGUGCAAGGUAAUGAGGUUUCUGUGUACCUCAAUAGCACAGGAUGUUUUAAAUCUCAUUAUUCACAGCACAAUGUCUGAUGUCAGCUUGGUCAAAUACAUGAUUCUACAUUUUCUGGAGGUUCUUUAUCCAUGUGUUGUGCAUACAAUAGUGGGCAUUACUAAUGAAUGAGACAGACCUGAACCUGUAGAAGCACUGAUGGUUUUCUAAAGGAAAUUUCUAUCUCAGCUUCAGUCCAGGAGGGAGAAGGGAAUUGUGGCAGUGUGAGGAAGGCACAGGCUGCAAUUGCAUUUUUUGAGGUCUGUCUUCAGCAGGUGUGGCACUGGAGUUAGGAAUCCUUGUCCUCUGAGGAAUGAAGAUCAAAACCAGACUCACUCACAGUUCUGGUGCCUGGACCACGCUCUCAGUCCUCAGCAGUGCAGAGCAGUGCCAGGUCAGGCUCACUGGAAUGGUUGAUCCUUUUGAACCAAAAUAAUUGACCUUUUUUUUGAAAUCCAAGUCAGGCUUCUGAAUAGCAGCCCAGUAAUCUCCUGUGCUUGGCCAGAGAGCUGGAGAGCACAUCCCCAAAUGUUCUUCCUGAAGCUCACAAAAGAGGCCUUUACAGGCUUUCAGGAAGUAGAUGUCAGGGUGUAUUGAAUAAGCAAAUAGGAAAAAUUUGUUUUGUACUUUUAACUAGGUCAGACCCAAAUUAUCUGUGAAUCUACACAGGUGGUGUGGAUUAGAGAAAAAAAGCUUGCUCAGCAGACCCACAGUAACUUACAUUUCUAAGAAAACUUGUCCUAGCAAUAACACAUGAAUGGUUUAGCCAUAUUUGCUCCAGUGGCUCCUGUGUGCUCCACAGCCUCCUUUGUGCUCCCAGAGAGCUCAGGCCAGAGGGACAGAGCACGUGCUUCAGUUUCAGGCUUGCACGCUCCAGAAGCAUUUUUAUUUAAAUUGCUUUUCUCAGAAUGCACAGACUCAUGACCUACAGAAGACAUGUGAUGUUCUGAAUUUCUUGUGGUAUUUGCUGUAGCUGUAGUAGUCAUUUGGAUGCUUUGUGACAGCACUUUCUGUUCAUGUUUCAGUGAUACCCAGCCUGCACACAGAUUGCAGCUCCCCAGUUCUGCUCAGGAGAGGUUUGAGCCACCACUUGCCUCUUGCAGCCUGGUCCGUUCUGCUCGGGCUGUGUCAGCCAGCUGGGUGCUCCAAAGGGGAGCAGCUGUUCAGGGAUGGGGCUGUGGCUCAGGCAGGCUCUGCAGGAGCAGGGGCUCCAUGGGGAGCAGCUCAGAGCUGCAGGGGCACAGCUCUGCACGUGCAGCUGCUGUGCCUGUGCCUCCCACACACCAGCGUGGCACAAACCUGCAGCCUCUUCCUCUCUCCUACAAACCUGCCUAGAAAUUAAAGAUGUUAGAAAUAGAUUCUGCAUCUCUUCAGCUGCUCCAGUGAGCGUUUCCCUCCUCAGACAAUCCACCAGUUCACAUUCUCUGGGGUUGAGAAUACAUUUUCUUACCUACAAUCUCCAAAUGUUCCAGUCUAUUUUUGUACACUGGCAUACUUGUUUCCUAGGUUAUUUCUCUUGAUCUCCCCUUAUCUCUUCCUUUCUGUGAAAUAGUUUUGUGAAAAUUAUUUUGCUUAAGCUGAACUGUGUAUAUUGAGAAAAUGGUUCUAGCAUAAUUUGGAAGAGAAUUUGUAAAGAGCAGUUGUCAACAUAUGCAACACGGUAAAAUUUUCAUUUUUAUUCCUGAAUUUUAAAAAAUAAGUGGGAAAGUUACUAAAGUGCAUGUGAUAGCCUUUAAAUUAAUAAAACUACGCCUUUAUAUUGGAAUGAUUCUGUCCCACAUAACAUUCUUCAUCCAUUAAAAUUCCUCUUGUAGCAGGCUGCUGUAGGAAUGGUUUGGUUCAUUUAUUUAAGUCUUUUUCUGACACUCAGAAGGUGCCUGGUACCACUGAGGUGAGUAAAGGAAAAUCCUUUAAGAAAAAUAUUUGUGGUUGUGGACCAGGCUGGGCUGUGCAGGACUGAUUGUGGGCAAGGCUCUCCAGGAGCUCAGGAAAUGCUGCUCUGGCUUGGCUUGGGAAAUGUUUCAUUUUCUGGGAACUGAUGGGAUUCUUAACCCUCAGCUCAAGACACACAGGACUCCAAACCCAGCUCCAGAAUUCAGUGGCUUUUUUGCAAGUGCUGCUCUGAGGGACUUUCAUGUGGCUCCAUAUUAAGUCAGCAGCAAUUGAAGUUGGCUCUUUGUUCAGUUCUGUGUUCCUGGUCCCUGUGUUGGCAGCACUCCCCACUCCAAGGAGCAGCAGCUGCAGGGAGGGAGCCCAGUCACACCAGUUCAGAGUGGCACCUGUCAGCCCAGGCACUGGGGCCAGCUUUGCAGAGAUGUUCAGCAGCUUAAACAUCUUCGUGGAGUUAAUGGGAAUUAGGCACCUAACCUACUUAGAUGUUGCUAUAAAUGCUGCUAGGCAUGUUUAGGUACCUAAAUACCUUAGUAAAUCUUUCCCCUGGCUGCUUGCAGUGAUAGUGUACCAAAAAUCAAAUGCCAGUGACUAAAGCCUCACCUUUGUCCUCUCUAACCAGCUUUGCCUUUCCCUUGGGAUUGUUUUCAUGCAGCACUAAAAAUACCAGCCAGCUCACAGGUUGUACCAUCCAGACUCUACUCAUAUUUUUCUGGUGGCUUGAUUAUUUGUUGCUCAUUCUAGAUUUUUUUCCACAAACAAUGGCUGAUGUUGGCAUGGAUUUAGUAGGUUGGCAUUUUCAUAACAUUCAUUUAAAAUAAGUUGUUUUAUUACAACUUAAGAUAAUGGUAUUUAUCCUCUUCCCACAAAGAUGAAAUGAGUUUUGUAUUGUUCAUUAUGAAAUCAGUAGAGCUGGAAAAAAAAAUGGCAUGGGCCAAAGAUCUGUUACAAAGAGAGCUUCAUGUUUCCCAGUGUGAAGCUGGGAAGUUGAAAUCUGAUAACCAGUGCUGAUUCUGUUCUUGUGGAGCAGUACCCAAACUAAUUAAAACUAUAAUUUAAAGAGAAUGGAUAAAAAAAAUCUUUAUCCCUCCUGCUCCCAGGUAUGUUUUGGGAGGUUGGUUUGUCUCCUGCAGAUUCUGGCCCUGAAGCCACAAGGCCAUGUUUGAUCUGAUGUCCAUUGUCAGGAUCUCUAUUUACAACUUCCAGGAUUAGCUGAGGUGAAGUGUGUGCAGGGUUAACUGCUGUCCAGGGAUAUUUCCUUGCCUGUACCUUGCAGCUCAGGAGUUCUCAGCACACCAGGACAGUGAUGUGUUUGGUGUUUACAGCAGUGCUCAAGACUCCAGAGAAUUGAGUCCAGCACUUUUCCAAAGCACACACCAGCUGUGUUCUUCCUUCACCUUAGGAAGGGUGUUAUAGAGACACUGAGCUGCAGCUACACAAUCAUUAUUCACUGAGGGCUCCAGUGAGGGAGGUUGCUGAAAUGAUCCCUCAUGCUGAUGAGGAAGAAUCCAGUUUCUCCAGACAGUACACUAUGGGGAAUUUUGGUUUCAUUGUUAGGCUUCUUGGCUAAAAGCAAACCAUGAAAAAUCAGUAGUUCUGCUGCUGUUUCAGAUAAGUCACUAUUUCACCCUGACCCCCAAAAGCUACAUUCUGAUCAGAAAUGUCUUCAUCUCCUCUCAAGUACUCUGCCUGUCAGCUACCCACAGCAGUAUUUCCCUGUAGUCCAAUUAUUAUUAUCAUCAAGAACUAUCCUUGCUCUUGUACGUGAAGAGAACUCAUUAAAACGUGAUUG